ACUCAACCAUACCACACCACUAGUAAUGCUCUUCACAACAUCUCAGGAGCUCUCAAUACCCGGAAAAUAAAUCCUCAAGCUCGACAUCGCAUACUCGAGAUGUCGAAGAUCGGCGAUUACACGGUCCUCCCUCUCACCCUCCCUCCCACCACAGCAUACCCCAAGCCCGCGCGACACACGCUGUACCUCCGACCUCACGCCCCGAAAAUCCCCAGCGAGAGCGAUGCUCGGAGUCUGUUCGUCGUCAAUGUCCCUGUGGACUCGACACCCGCGCACUUUCGCGCCGUCUUCACGAAGCUAAUUGGUGCGGGCCGUCUGGAAUCCAUGACUUUCGAGCAUGAGAAGGUCCAGCCCAGCGCACCGAGCCAAGCAGUCGAGGUCGUAAGCACAAAAGGCAAGAAGCGGAAACGGGCGGCGAAUGAGGGCAGUGCGCAGGCUGAUACGGAGCUGCCGCAGCUGUGGGAUCGAGAGCUGCGGAAGAGUGGGAGCUCGGCGGUCGUGGUGCUGGUGGAUCAGAAGAGUGUGGAGAGUGCGCUGAAAGCGGUGCGGAAAUUGCAUAAGUCAUCUGCUGCGGAAGAAGAGAAAUGGCCGGUGUGGGGUGAGGGCGUGGAGGAUAAAGUCCCGGCCCUGGGAAGUAGGCGGUAUUUGACGCAUCAUAAGAUGCGAUACCCGGAUCCGGCUACGCUGCAGGCGAACGUGGAUGCGUUUAUGACGGAGUGGAAUCGGAAGGAGGAAGAGAAGGCGAGGUUGGCGAAGAGGCAGAGGAAUGUGCCGGAUGAGGAUGGCUUCGUUACGGUGACCAGAGGAGGCAGGACUGGGCCUGCGAGGAUGGAGGAAGCGGAGGCUAAGAGACUGGAGAUGGAGGAGAAGGAACGGAAGAAGAAGCAGGAGUUGACGGAGAAACCCUUCUAUAGAUUCCAGUUGAGGGAGAUCAGGAAGCAAGAGCAAGCGCAAUUGAUCCAGCAGUUUGAAGAGGAUAAGAAGAGGUUGAUGGGAAUGAAAGAGAAGAGGGGGAAGUUUAUACCUGAGCGGUGAGGGAACGGAGAGAUCGCCGAAGUCCUCAUCUAGAUUCCAGGUUAUGAGCUGCCUGGUGCAUGGAAGGUUAUUUGACUCCAU